ACAGAUCUGACAGCAAAAUAUGCCCAUAUACGUUUUACUAUUUUGUAGCUUUUUUUAAAAUAUUUUUACUCUGACCAGUGCAUAGCAGACCAUACGACACGAUACAAAAAGAGACGGGCAGAUGGAAGAAAAGAUGGGAAGCCAUCCAGAGGAGACAGGGAGUGCAACCCUUCCACAGAUAAGAAUCAUCCUGAUCGGCAGCCGAUGGGGAGGCAAGAGCUGGUCUGGUAACACGAUUCUGAGGGCGAACAGGUUCGAAUGUGGACGAGCCAGAACAACUAAGGUGGAAGUGAGGCAUGGGGAGGUGGAGGGCAGCAGGCUGAUCAUAGUCGACACUCCUGGGUGGAGCAGCUCUCUCUGCCUCACCGACAUCCCAGAGGGGGAAAAGCAAAGUUUUAAGCUGUACGCAUCCAAGAGCCCGCCCGGUCCGCACAUCUUCCUCCUGGUCGUUCCCAUAGACUCAGCUUUCACCCAGGAGCACAGGACCACCCUGGAGGAGCACAUGAAGCUGUUGGGAGAACGGGUAUGGCGGUUCGUCAUGGUGCUGUUCACCUGUGGGGAUUACCUCGGGGAGAAGACGAUAGAGCAGCACAUCGAGAGCGAGGGAGAUUCGCUCAGGUGGCUGGUGGGGAAGUGUGGGUACAGGUACCAUGUGUUCAAUAACAAGGACAAGCAUAACUUGUGUCAAGUCUCAGGGUUGCUGCAGAAAAUGGACGAGAUGAUGAAGAACAACGGUGGGGCUUUUUAUAAGAUAGACGAGCAAACUCUUCUGGUCAUCACCAGAAAGCAAGAAGAUGUCGCCAGGAGGGCGGAAGAGAGACGGACGAAGGCUGAGGAGCAAAGACAGCGAAGGAAAAGACUGAUUCCAGAGGAGAAGAAGUCGAUCCCAAAGCUCCAAAUGAUUCUCUUGGGUAGCCGAAAUGUUGGGAAAACAGCGGUGGGGAACACUCUCUUCGGUUUCAGAGAACAGGAAGACGGGAAGCGAACGGCAAAGUCAUUGAUUCGCCGAGGGUUUGUUGACAAAACCGACGUCGCGCUCGUCGACACGCCGGGUUGGUGGAAAGGCUUCCCUGCCAGUGACACUCCAGAAGCCAUCAAAGAAGAAAUAAUCAACAGCAUGUUUCUGUGCGCCCCUGGACCACACGUCUUCCUGUUAGUGAUAGAUGCUGAUGCAUCCUUCCACAACAAGAAUUUGAAAGCAGCAACAUCACACCUGGAGCUUCUCGGUGAUGGAGUCGUGUGGAAACACACGGUGAUAGUUUUUACCAGGGGAGACUGGCUGGGGGCCAAAUCCAUAGAAGAGUACAUUGAAGGAGAGGGAGAGGCCCUGCGGUCAUUAGUGGAGCUAUGUGACAACAGAUAUCAUGUCGUUAAUAACAAAAAUCCAAGUGAUCGCAGACAGAUCACAGAACUGAUGGAGAAAAUCACUGAAACUGUGGCAGAAAACAGUUGGAACCAUUUUGCUCCAGACCAGCAGCUGCGUGUCGACAUUGAAAAAAGACGCAAAUGGGUGGAGGAGGCUGCAAUGCUGAGGAAAAAACAAGUCACAGCUAUGAGGAGUUCAGCAGGGCCCAGGAAAAGGUUGGACGUAUUGAGGGUUCUUCUGCUUGGGCAGAAGAGUUCUUGGAAGAGUGCAACAGGAAACACAAUCCUGGGUAAAGAAGUGUUUGUGACAUGUCAGAAUGAAGAGUGCAAGAUAGAGAACGGGGUGGUAGAUGGUCGACAGAUCACCGUAAUCGACACCCCGGGUUGGUGGAGAGACUUGUCCCGCUGCACCGAAGAGACGGACAAAGAAAUGCUUCGAGGUGCGUCUCCGUCCGGGGUCCACGCAGUUCUGCUGGUGGUCCCUUUAAACCCAACAUUCAGAGAACCAGACCGAGUUGCUGUGGAAGAACACAUGAACCUUUUUGGCAUCGGGAUCUGGAAACACACAAUAGUUGUUUUCACGUAUGGAGACAACCUAGCAGACAGGUCCAUCGAGGAGCACAUUGAGAGGGAGCCUCAGUCUCUGCGCUGGUUGGUGGACCAGUGUGAGAACCGGUACCACUCCAUAAAUAACAUGAAGAAAAGAGAUAAGACUCAGGUUGCAGAGUUGUUUGAGAAGAUCGAGGAAAUCGUGGCAGGAAACGGAGGGAAGCUCUUCUGCCCUGACAUGGAAGAGACCCACCAAAGGAUCGCUGAGAAAGCCCAGAGGAAGCAGCUGAAAAAUGUGCUUAAGCGGCGCCUGCAGAGCGAGUACAAAAGGAGAGAGCUGGAGCUCUUGCUGGGUUUCAAGGAAACCCUUCUGGAGCUCCAAGCAGGACUCCAAGAGUCUAUGGCAGCGACUAAACCCAAAUCACCCAUUGCCCAUAUGACCAACUUAACAACUAUGUUUGCAAGUCACUGGAUGAAAGACCAAAACAAAGAGCUGAAAGAAUUUGAUAGCAAAAUCAGCCAGGAAAUUGAAAAGCUUGAUAAGGAACUAUUGAAAUCCUCAACUGUUCUUCAGAGCAGCAUGGACAUCUUGAUUCCUGAUUUGGCAGACCACAGUCCACCUCAGUCCAUCGUUUGCUCUUCGUCAGAUCCAAAAGUGUCCAGCAGCAACUUUGACAAAGUUCUGGGUUGGCUCGGCAAACUUCACGUAACCAGAAAUCUGGACAACCAGCUGACCGUCAACUUCUCUGACACAUCAGGAUACAGAUCUGUGCUAUCAUUGGACUAUGACAAUGACUCCAUCGCAAAUUAUUAGGGUCCUAAAAUACUUUUUCUGUGUUUAUGUGGCAAGUGGACAAUAAGGAUACUGACUCUUAGUACUAUUCACCCCAAGACCAAAAUGGCUGAAUGGUGACUUUUAUACCUGGAUCUAGAGUAUUGCUAUUUGCCUUUAUUUUGAAAAUUGCACAACAGAUAAUUUACUCAGCUAAAAGCAUAACUAAUAAUACAGUUUUAUUUCAUUUUAUGAUUCAUUUAAUUUUAUAAAUUGUAUAUUAUUUUAAGAGGCUUUAAUUAACUACUGAUAAAGUUUUGAGUAAAGUUUCCUUCCAACAUGUUAUAUUAUAUUUUGCUCUUCCUACUUUAUAGAAACUGAACAUGUAUGUCAAGAAAAAUUUACCAAAAUAAACUGAUUUGAAUCUAACAUCAUGAAGACAAAUGUAAUCAAGUGAAGAGGUGUAAAAAGUACAUCUGAAUUGUUCACUGUUAUCAAAUCUCUAAAUUCAAAAGAGGUCACUUUUCACAAACUCCCGAGAUCUGGAGCACAAAGCUUCCCAGGACACACAGAGUCUCUCCGUGAAUCUCUCAGUACAGCAUCCAGUCAACUUCAGGGGAUAAUGAAGCGUGUCAAUGAUUAUGAGCCACCAUGUACAGUAAUCUUUUUGACACAUUAUUAUAAUUAGCACAAAACUUAUUCUGACUGUUAAAACAUUGCCUUAACAGUCAGGCACCGGAACUAGUGCAUUGACU